AUGACAAGUUCCGAAUCUAUGCAAGAUCGAUUAGGCAAAACGAAAGUAACAGCAGCAUUUUUCAAAAAAUUAGGUGAAAAAUUAAGAAAUUAUCAGCGAUAUCAGAAACCAAUCCAACUUUCCGGGCAAUCAAUCACUCAUUCUUCUUCGCUUGAUUUGAAUAGUAAUAUUAGACGUUCGAUGGAACCGAUAGCACCGGAAGAAAUACAAAGUACUGAAAAAAAUUUCGCUCAGCAAAUUGCUGAAGAAAAAUCAAAUUUGAAAGAAAAAAAGCAACAAAUUCAAAAGGACAAUAGAAAAGAUAGGAAUGGAAGAAAGAAGAAAUUAGAAGAUAAUAAAAAAAUGAAAAAUCAAAGUAAACAAGAAAAUAAUGAAUUAAUUGAGAAGAAGAAAAAGACGAAAAAAAGGAAAUCAAUGAGUUCCGAGAAUAUUUCACUUAAACGCGAAGAUAAUUCUAAAUGUUUGACUGAACAAUCAAAACGUUCGAAUUCAGCAACGACUAUCAGCAAACAGUCACAAAGUGAUGAACAGAGUUUGACUGAAAGUAUUUCAAGCUCAAAAUCGUUAAAAUCAAGCACAAAAUCAAUCAGUCAAUUUGAUGAUGGCAUAAAAACUAAUUUUAACCUUGGCAACAAUAACAUAUUAUCUAUUUUAAAAUCCAGGAGUGAUCCGGAUGCAAUUAUUUAUGAUUUGCAAAAUCCAAAUGGCUGUAAAAUACAUUUGGAAAAAAUGGCUAAUCGAGCGAUGUUAUUAUCAGUGGAUGAUACUGGCAAACGUCUUUAUAUUAGCUGCAAUUUCUAA